GCAACCAUUUGUUUACGGCUCUGCAGCAUCACGACUGUUAUCUUUGUCGCAAUGACAUCAGGGGAGGAAGCAGGUUUGGCCAUGAGUCUAGUCAACGAAGUGACCUGUACCUUGUGUCGCUCCCUCUACGAGGACCCGGUCAGGCUAGACUGUGAACACAAUUACUGCAGAGAGUGCAUCAUAAACUACUGGAAAGAUGGAGAAAAGACAGAGGAGAGUGAGAAUAAAGGUUACACCUGCCCUUUAUGCUGUGAGAUCUUUCCCCAGUUUACCUUAAAAAGCAACAAAUUGCUGGCCACCAUUGUGGGCAGAGUUCGCGAUUUAGGGCUGAAGUUCAAGGGGCCGAUAGAGGACAGUGAUAAGUUCUCCCAGAAAGCCUUGGGGAAGAAGAUGGAGACGGAAGCGGAGCCAGGUCUGUGUCCGGUCCACCGGGAGCCGCUGAAGAUGUACUGUGUGGAGGAAAAGACGGCCAUCUGCGUGGUGUGUGCCGUCUCCAAAGAGCACCGCGCCCACUGCCUGGCGCCCAUGGAGGAGAUACUGGCCCAGUGUGAGGACAAUUUCGAAGAGGCUGUGAAACACUUUGAGGAAGAAGUGAAAGAAAUAAAAGAACUUUAUGAAAAGAAAGAACAAGAAAUUAAUGAAAUAAAGAAGCAGUCUCAGGCCCUGCACGCCCACAUCACCCAGGAGAUGGACUGUCUGCAGCGGUGCAUUGAGCGCGAGCGAGAGAGGCUGUGCUCCCAGCUGCAAAAGGAGACGCAGCGGCUGCUGGCGCUCAGGCAGCAAGGCUCCCAGCACCUCUCCCAGGAAGUAGACGCCCUUCAGAGAGACGUGGCCUCACUCAGGGAGCAACUGAAACAGGAGCCGCGCCAUCCAUCCACUCUGAUUGAAGAUAUUCAGGAACUGACUUUGAGACUGAAAGCACAACCAGCAGCACUGAAUGAUGAGGGGACAGAUUGCUUCGACCUGGGUGUCUACAAGGGUCCGAUUCAGUACAUUAUAUGGAAGAAAUUAGGAGAAAUCAUUAAACCAGGUCUCUGCUUCUUAAGCCUCGAUCCAGCCACCGCCAAUCCUUUCCUGUCCCUCUCGGAGGACCUGACGUCCGCCCAGUACACCCACACCCCUAAGGAAGGGUUGCCGAUGGAGGAGACUCGCUUCGAGUUCAGCCCCUGUGUUCUGGCCAGCCGGUGCUUCACCGCGGGCCGGCACUACUGGGAGGUGGAUGUGGGAGACAGAUCAGACUGGGACCUGGGUGUGGCCGCGGAGUCGGCGGAGAGGGCCGGCUGGGUGGUUCUGUGCCCAGAAAACGGCUAUUGGACGGUGGGGAACCGAAGCGUGAGGAAGGUCGGCAUGUACCUGGAUUACGAAGCCGGCCAGCUGUCAUUUUAUAAUGCUGCAGAUAUGACCCCCCUGUUCUCCUACUUGGGAGCUGAUUUUAAAGAAGCCAUGUACCCCUUCUUUUAUCCUAGUGCCGACUCCCAGGCUCAGCCACUCAAAGUGCUCAACCCAAGGGUGUAAGAAUAGCAAUGAAGGAAAAAUCUAUAGUGAGAUACACAUGUACAAUACAGAGCUUCAUCCCACAGAGGUAUUCCAGGGACAGGCACACUAAUGCAUACUGCAUUUCACUGCUGCCCAUAUUACUCCCGACAAGUAUUAUAGCAGUCUUAUCUGUUUCAGUUUUCUAUAGCACCCUCUAUUGCAUGGAAUACGUUAAAUUGUGAAUCGACAGUCAUAAUACGGAAUCAAAACUGGAUAGCACUAAUGACAUUUCAGAGAUACAUUGUUUCAGAGAUACAUUGUUUCAGAGAUACAUUGUUUCAGAGAUACAUUGUUUCAGAGAUACAUUGUUUGCAUGCUUCUUGGGAACCUGAAGCUAUUAAUAGAAAUUUCAGAAUCCUGCUUGAUCUGGCCCUCAUCUUGAAAAGAACAAAUGCAUUAUUAUAAAUGCAUUACAAACUGUUAUGACUGUUUUCUUAUAUUCUUAUAGAAAUGGCACUCAUAGAAAUUGUUACCAAACCUGUUUAAAUAAAUCAACAUAAUUCAUGUUGUACAAUGAUAGUAGCAAUCUCAUGCUCUAAAAUACAAAGCUGUUUUGUACCUUUAACAUUUCAGUGUUUAGAAAAUCCACAUUUGAUCAUGUUUAUUUUUACAAUGUCACUCCUGUCCAUUUCAUUUUUAUAUAUAUACUUAACCUCAUUUUUAUAUAUAUACUUACUGUAACCUCAACAAAAUUAUUUGUUUGAUGUAAAAUGGCAAAUUAAUAUAGAGUAAAUAUUCUGAGUUUUGCACAUGAAUAUGGUUGAAAUUACUUGGCACCUUAGUUACUUCUUCCCACAGAAGAAUUUUACCUGUGACAGGAUGGUCAUUACAAUGAA